AUGUUUUCAGGAAUCAGAAAUGCCCUUUGGGGUCGCCUGAGCAUGGCUUUUGCCGCCCAAAGAAACCUCACACUACUGAGUCGGUUGUGGUCAGCUGCCGAGACUGCUGCUAAGCCAGCUGCUAAGGUUGACCAAACCCUCGGCCCCAUCAUUAAGACAGAGAACGAAAAGGUUGUGUUGUGGAAGAUCUACGCCAAGUGCAAUAAGCAUAACACACUUUGCUCCCUUGUUGCCGUCACUGAAGACUUGGAUUUCAUGAAGAACAAUGAACACCUAUCAUACAACGAGAAAGUCCUUUACUACAUGCAAUUACCUCACAGAUCCAAAGUAUUCGUCACCGCCGGUAUGCUAGGCUACAGACACUCCCAGAAAGCCGAAUACGAGGCCGCCUAUCAGGUUUCCAGUAGGCUUUUCAAACUUAUAGAAGAGAAGAAGUUCAUUGGUCCUAACGACAAGGUUGAGGUCAUCUUGACCAACUUCGGUAAAGGAAGAGAUGCAUUUACGGCCUGUUUGGUUGGUAAGGAAGGAGCCUUCUUGAGACCAAACAUUGUUAGAGUCUCUGACAAGACACCAUUGCAAUACGGUGGUAACAGACAAAGGGCCCAGCACGCUGCUGCUGCUAAGAAAUCUGCUUUGAAGGGUACCAACUCCAAGAAGGCCACUAAGGUGAGAACCAACACCACCUUCAGACUUCCAAACACCUUGAAGUUGGCCAGAAAGCCUAAGUACGCCAGAACUUCCGUUCCUCACUACAGAAGAUUGGAUGCCUACAAGAUCAUCGAGUCCCCAAUUGCCUCUGAGACCGCCAUCAAGAAGGUCGAGGACGGUAACACCUUGGUUUUCCAGGUUUCCUUGAAGGCCAACAAGCACCAGAUCAAGACUGCCGUUAAGGAGUUGUACGAGGUUGACGUUGAGAAGAUCAACACCUUGAUCAGACCAAACGGUACCAAGAAGGCCUACAUUAGAUUGACUGCUGACCAUGACGCUUUGGACGUUGCCAACAAGAUCGGUUACGUGUAA